AGAGAAGUACCUAAGCCUUAUGUCCCGACAGAGGAGGAACGAAGACUCCUCAAGGAAUGUGCUGAAGAGAGCGCGCGGUAUAGAGCUUUCCCUUUGGCUGCAGUGAGCAUGCUUGCUACUAGUUUCUUCAUUAGGAAAGGUGUUCUAAAAGAUAGUUCAAGAUUUGGCUCUUUUACAAAAGUUGCAUUUGCUGGAAUGUGUGGAUACCUGGCUGGAAAGAUAUCCUACUUGCCAAUCUGUAGCGAGAAAUUUAAGAGGCUGAAGGAUUCCCCAAUAGGAGAUGUUCUACGACAAGCUCAGAGACAUAGUUCACCUAACCGUUCCAGUCGGAAAUCUGAAUUUUCAGACAUGCCUUCACAGUCCUUUACUGAACCUUCUUCCCCAAAAGCUGGAUUCCCACUUUCUUCUAGCUAUUCAGAUGAUUAUAGUUCAACAGAUAGAGCCCUCUCAAGUUACGAACCCGUUCCGUUCAGCGCUUCCCUGAAUGAAUCCUCACCUACAGGAAUUACUGAUUACCCUGCUCAAGAUCCUGGUCCAAUUCCAGAAGAAAGUCGUAAAAAAAAAGGCAUCACGUAUGAGGAAUUAAGGAAUAAACACAGAGAGACGUACGAGGUAAUGCAACCCCCGAAGGCAGAAACACCAAGCAAGUUUUCGCAGGAGAAGCCGGUUAAGGAAGUUAAAGUAAAUAAAUACGGAGAUACCUGGGAUGAGUGAGAGCUGAAUGAAGAACCGAAGAGAAUUAUCCCGUCGGAUAACUUGAACUUCAUCUAGAUUAGUCACGAGUGUCGGUACCUCUGGUGUGUUCUGCCAGGCACAGCUGUUAACAAAUGAGGAGAAAAUCCUGACUUGCCAGAAGAUUAAGAAAAAUAAUUGUUUAGGCUUAACUUUUUCUUAAAUUUUGCAUAAAUGACAAGCAAGGCUAUUGUGAGGUGUCACAACCCUGAACCAUUUGUGCUGCUGUGUAAGAACAAAAAGGGUAACUGUCAGUAACGAAUAUAAAUGGGUAGGAAAAGGUAAAAAUGAAUGUGAAUAAAUGCAAUCACAUGUAUUGGGAAGGCAAAAAUACCAGUGUCUUCUCAGUUUUUCAAGACUUGCAUUAAAAGUUACCUGUAGAACUCA